CAAAAAAAUGCUCGCCAGACUCUCCAGAUUUGCUUCAAAGAACAACAAGUGUUUCGCUGCUUCAUCACUCCAAGUUAGAAGUAUCCGAUUCGAAGCUAACCCAACAGUAAGAACUCAAGCUGCUGAAAUUGCUAUCCAAAAGUUCGCUUCUCUCAAAUAUAUGGGUAUGCCAAUUACUGUUGAUCACUACAAUGAAAUUAUUUGGAAGUGUGUUGAAAAUGCUCAAUCUGACAAGGCUAAAUACAUGUUCGACGAAAUGAGAGCUGAAAACAUUGUUCCUGAUGUUGAAACUUUCUCCAUGUUGAUUGGAUCUACUCUCUUCGAUGCUAACCCAUUGAGAGCUGUUAACUAUUUGGAAGAAAUGAUUCACUUGGGCGUUGAAACACCAAAGUCUUUCUAUUUGGUUGUUUCUGAAGUUUUGGCCAAGGCUAAGCACAACAACACCAGCAAGUUGUUCAAGGAAUUCAGUGGUAAGCAAACCGUUACCAAUGAAGAAGUUUUGGCUGCUGUCCGUUCUGCUAAGACUGAAAUUGCAUUUGUCAGAAGUACAUCAGAUCAGUCAACAACAAUAGCAAAUGUUUAUUUACAAGACAACAAGUAUUCUCCAAAUUCAAAUAUGAAUUCAUUCCGUGUCAUUGACACCAAUAGUGACAAUAUUCAUUAUGAUGACGAUUUACCUUCUUGUAAUAAUUUAUUUGGUACUCAAUUUAGUUGUGACAUUCCUCCUAUUUCUUCCACUACAUAUGAAUUUGAAGGGUGUAGAUCCAAUAAUACUGUUCCAGUCAAAUGUUAUGCAAGAGAAGGUGUAAAUUGUACAGGUGACAAGACAUUUUACAAAGAAAUUUCAUGUUUUUACACUACUGGAUAUGCAUUUUCAACAGCUCUUGGAUUGAGCAUUUUCUUUGGAUUCUGUGGAUUUGAUAGAUUUUAUUUGGGUUAUGUUGGUUAUGGAUUAUUCAAGAUGUUUACAUUUGGAGGAAUUGGAUUAUUGUGGAUUUAUGAUGUUGUACUUAUUGCCAUGCAAGUUGUCACUCCUCAAGAUGGCAGUAAUUAUCUUGUUGGAUACAAUGGUCCUAGAAAUAUUAGAUUCGUCCUCAAUAACUCAACCUACGAAUUAAGGAGUAAGAGGGAGAAAAUUAGACACAAUUUGGACGCUUUGACGAUGAGCAUGAGGAGUGGAAAUAAUAGUGUAAAUAGUAGUGUUGACUUGUCAGAUUCAUUCUCUUCUAUCUCUUCUAGGCUUUCAAUCAAUCUAAAUGAAAUGCUAGAAAAACAACAAAAUAAGGAGAAAAAACUGGAGCAAUUGGCUCAGAAAAGAAUUGAAAGAGAACGAAAACAUCCAGAAGAAAGUCAAAUUGAACAAAGGCUUAUUGAAUAUAGGAAGCAACUUCAAAUAGCUAUCAAUCAAAAGAUACAAUUGGAGGCAGAAAUGGAAAAUUUAAAACAAAAUUUUGAAGAUAAACUUGUAAAUUACGAAUUACAAUUGGAAGAGUUGAAGUUGGAUAAGGAGAUGGCAGAGGAGCAUGUUAAUUCAUAUAGAGAGCAAUUAGAUGGUAUAGUGAAUGAUUUGGCAAAUGCUGGAUAUACAGGUGAUUUAAUACAGAAUUAUAGCUCUACUGUAAAAACUCAAAAUGAUGAAACAACGAAUCAAAUUCUUCAUGAAAUGAUCGAAAAGAACAAGGAUCUCUCAAAAAUUAUCAAUGAUUUGGAAUCAAAAGUUAAGGAUUUAGAGUUGUUCAAGGAAUUAUCUUUGGAAAUGGAAAUAAUUGCCAAAGAAGAGAUAGCCAUUUUGAAAGAGGAGCUUGAAGAUAGAGAAAAUGAUUUUUAUGAUUUUGAAAAAUACUUGGAGGAAGUUCAAAUUCUUGUAGACCAAAAAGAAAGGACUAUAGAAAUGUUUAAAUCAAAAGUAUUUCAACUUGCUUUGGAAUUGGAUUCCAUAAGGAAGGAAUCAAAGGAUAAGGAAAGUAAAUCCAAUAGUCUCCAAAUUAAAUCUAACGACUUGCUGUUAAAUUACACAAGUUUAGUGGAGAAGGUGAAAAACAAAAGAGGAUGGUCCAUUGAGAAGGAUAAAAUGAAUAUUGAAAUAGAGGAGUUAUCAUCACACAUUGAAUCGUUACAGACAAUUCUUCCACCUCAAGUUUUUGAAGAUUUUGUUCAAUGUAUAAAGCAUUACCAUAUUCUUGGAACAUCAUCUAAAAAGUUUAAAAAGGUGAUUAGAUACAUUAAUGACAAGCCCAAUGGAAUUGCAGAAAGUUCUUCUGAAAUAAGAGAUUUUAAAAUAAGAGAUUUCCAAAACAAGUUAAGCUUCUUCCUAUCGAUAUCUAUUUUCAUACUCGAAUCUUUUAGAAAAAGAUAUUCCUACAUUACUAAUUUCAAGGAAAUGGAAAAUGUGGUUAAAGAUGUGAUGGAACUAGAUAACGUAGCGGAUAGAUUUUUAGAGGUUCUCAAAAGAGAUGAUUUAACAGAAGAUUUUUCCAAUGAAAAUACUGUGACAAUUUCGUUUAUUUUGACAAACCUUGUACAGGAGAUAGAUUCGAUCAGCAGGCAGAAUAGUGGAUAUUCUUGUAUUUUAGAAGGAAUGAUAAUGAUGAUUUCAACAAUACUUGAGUUGUUUACCUCAAUUCAGGUUUUGAUUGAGAAGAUUUUACCAGAAAAAGAAAGAGUACUUCCAGUUGUAAAGCAGAUUUCUUCAAACUUGAUUGCCUCACAAGCAGAAUUUGAAAGCUUGAACCAAAAUUGUAGAAUAAUUCAAAAGUUAUUAACCGAAACCCCUCAAAUAGUAUGCAACGAAAAGUUUCAUAAUUUAUGCGAACAAUUAUUCUUUAUUUCUUUAAUUUAUUACGAAGCCCUUUUAUCAAAGAACACCAAGAUGGGAUAUGUUUAUACUUACUACAUGGAUUUGCAUGAAAGCCAAUUGAUUAGAGUUCAAAGCAUAAUGAGUGAAAAGGCAACUGAAUUUAAUUAUAUACCGUCUCAUAUGUUUGCUGAUAUUUCAUUUAGACAAUCUUCUAAUUUAUUUGUGGCUGCUUUGGGAAUGCCUCACGAGGAAGUACUAAGAUUAGUUUCCAUAGGAGAUGAUUCAGAUACGUUCUACAUACCUAAUCAAUUUAUUGGAGGUCUAUGCGAGGAGUUGAACUCUUUUUGUGAGGAGAUGAUCAUGAAUCCAAAAAAUAGAGAAUCUCUAAAGGACACAUUUGAGGAAAGAUUAAUCUCUGUGAAGAAAGACUUAUCCAUUUACGAGAACAUGAGACCUUCAAUGGAGAAGGUGGAAAAAGAAAACCAGUCUUUGAAAAGAACCCUUGAAGAAAUUGAACUUAAACUUAGAAAAACUCUUGAGCAAAAAGAUGAAUUGGAAAAGAGUUUAGCCGAGUCAAAUGACAAGGAUGAGGAAUUCAAGAAACUUACUCAAAAGUUGAGAGACUUGGAAGGAUUUAGAGAAAAAUAUGAACUUGCCAUGAGUGAAGAGAAUGUUUACUUAGAAGCUAUUGAAAAGAUGCAAAACGAUAUUUUGAGCUUUGAGACAUAUGCAAAGGAUCUAGAGGAAAAGAUUAAGAAUACAGGAGAGCUACCAACAAAGAGCCCACAAAGAAGAGCUUCUAGAAUGGCCCCUUUUUCUUCAAGAGGAGCUCCAACUAAUACUGAUCACGUUGACAGAUUGGAGUUGGUGAAUAUGAGACAAAAUCUUGACUAUUUGAAUUUUAAAAACUUUCAACUUAAAGUCAGAGAAAGUGAAGAAAAGCUCAUGAACACCAUUUACAAUCCAAUGUUCUUCCAAGAAAAGGAAUCCAUUGUAAAGAAAAGAUAUCUUCACACUCUUUCCUCACUCAUCAAGGAAAGUCAUCCAAUAGAUGCUGUGGACCUCACGAAUAAUUUACUUGCACCUAAACAACAGCUAAUAAUAUCGGCAAAAGCUCUAGAAAAACAACAAAAAUUCCACACCAAGGAGGUUCAUCAAGUGGUCAACUCAAAUUUCAGACCUGCCGUUCUCUCCAGACAAAAUAGUCAAAAGCUCCAGAAUUCUUCAAAUCAAUAAACCAUGAGCAUUGAAUU